AUGAUCAAAUUGUCCAUUCGAGGCAAUUAUUAUUUCCAAUAAAAACGGUUUCAGAUCCCAGCUUGUAAAUCCUCUUAAAUUCUCUGGGUGCUCCAUUGUCGAAGUCAUUAUUUUAAUAUUGAGCUUAGUCAAUGCAAACUUCGGUCUAAUUCUGAUACUUUAUCACGGAGGCUUUAAAGGUAACGUAGACAAGUUUUUAAUACGAUUAAGAAUUAUCGGCGAUUUCAUUUUCUUCGCCGGGCGCCUUCUAUUAUACUAACACGUGGGAAAUCGACCAAGUACUUUUCUUGUCCGCCACAUGUUUGUCGGGCCUUUUCGCUGUGGAGGUACCUUUGAAGUUCUCUCUAAGAAAUCCAGGUUAUCCUGCGUUUCCUUUAUUCGAGAAAAUGGUUCUUCCGCUCUCCUCUUGAGGUACUGUCAUGUAAAACAUGUUUUUUCUGUUGUAACUCGAUCGACUUACGACAGAUUCUAAUUCGAAUUAGAAUAGAAAGUUAUCACUCUUGAUCAUGAUCUCUGCAUAAUCAUGAUAUUGUUUUAUCGCUCUUUAAAGAUCAAAUGCACAUGUUUGACGUAUUAAGAACAUAAAACUUUAUUGUACUACCGCAUUCCUAAUGUGUUAUCUAAAAUAUUUUAGGUACUUGAUGCGGUCGUUGUUUUUGCACAAAUCUGCGUUAUUAUUGUGCUAACGCUCACAAAAGUCAAUAUUGUCAUAUGCGAUGGCUGUUUAUUUUUAAGUCUUCUAAGACUCAUGCGUUUACCGCGUCUUUGUUUCGGUAAGUUUUCCAAUUUUUUAAAAAAAUCCUUUUUUCAAAUUAAACAAUUUGCUAACUGGGUACAAUUAAUUGUACCCAGUAAGUAUAUAUAUGCCAAACUUUUAAAACGUUUUAUAUAAAAUGGCAAGUCUAAAUAUGUCGCAAGAUACGCCCUAAAAUUUCGAGAAAUUAUCUGGUUCCCUGGCAAAAUUGGCUCUUCUAACAGUUUUCCUCCUUAGUUGAGAUAUUUCGUUAAAACUCAAAGUUUAAUAGGCCUAUUCUUAGGUAGAAACUGCUUGAUAGCUCAGCAAAGUCCAUUCACAAUGGAACGAUGCCUCAAGAUAAAAGACAAAUUUGCAUGUGCCCCCGCUUGCAUGUACACCAGAUGGGAAGCUAUGUAAGAGUAUAGAUGCAGACUUUUUGAAGGUGGACGCAAAAUAAAACCUUGAUUUGAAUGAUUUUAACAGUCGAUGAACUGGUGCCUUUAGCACUGCUUCACUUCGUACUUGUCAGCGAAAAACAUUGAUCGGCUUAGAUACGCUCGAUAAUCUUGGAAAUACAUCAGUGAGCCCUUGACUUUCCGCUAAUAGUUGAAAUACUUUUUCGGGAAUUUAUGAACCCGUUCAAUUUUUUGGGCCGACUCUUCAAAGUGUUCACUUAAGUUUUCGUGUUCAGACGUAUCAAAGAGAAACUUUGUCACUUCCUCUGCCCUACUUUUUAAAAAAGUUCUUCAAAAACGCUAGAAAGACGCCUUUAUGAAAGAUAAACCUUCCAGCUCGUCUAACGUAAAGGCCUAGCUUUGGGACACAGCAGACAGAGGGCUUCAUCAUGUUACUUCAUAGUACCUUGCGCAUUUGGAACAUUUCAAACAGAGAAAACCACUCAUUAAUUUGACGACCUGUUUCCUGUCGACAGAUCUCUUAAAUACAAAAGUGAUUGAUCUUGAUGACAUCCAGUUACUUGCUGAAUAGCCUGCAUUAUUUGUAGGGCAGCAACUGCCGAAGACAGACCCAGGCCCGUAUUUCGAAGCAUGCGUUGCCAGAUUUUUAUGCGCACAGAAAACCAAACUUUUAACUUUAAUUUUUUAACCCACAUGAGCAGUAAUCGCAUAACACGUGUCUCAAGCCAGUUUAUAUUCAAUCUUAUGCCACUCGUGUGGUCCUAUGAUGCAAUUGCACACAUUUCGAAGCAAGUGUUUUUUCAACUUCUAGUAGAUAAGCGUACUCUUUAUUUGAAUGUGAAACUAUAUCGAGAUGACGAUAUUCGAGUGCCGUCUUUAUUUUGACAAAGGCCUUGAUUUCUUAUCCGACAGGGCGCAUUAGUAAGUAACGUAGUACGAAACUGCCCAUAAUGAUCUUACAUUAUUUAGAUGAAGAUCCGUAUAUGCGCUUUAUAUGAAGCAUUUUCGCCUACGUUGCAUUUUUUCCAACUAUCACCUGGUUUGUCUUCUACGUCCUUCCUGAUAUUUUGAAACAUUGCUGUUCAGUUAUUUCUGCAAAUAUAUUUCCCAUAUGCUUUUUGUGGAUGAUUCAAAUGAUUUAACUAUUCCAAUAACAAAAGGUUUGAGGACUUAGACAGGAUUCUCAUUGUGGCAGUUACUCAAAUGCUCAAAAGGUCCGCUGCGCUAAAUUCAUGCCCAGAUUUAUUCGUCUUUGAUUUCUGCUGAGAUUGCUGAGUUUUCCACUAAUCACUCAAUAGAAAUGUGUUUUUAUUGACCGAAAAUCUCCUAUGAAAUGAGUCAAUAAUAAGCUUGUAUUGUUUAUUUUUCGUCACUAUAUCUCAAGUUAAUAAGGAUUUAUAUACAUGGAAUCAAUCAUAAACAAGGGCUUACUUUCAUAUGCAGAGUUGCAACCUUAUUUAAUAAUGUAAUACAGCUGACCCAGUUUGGAAGAAUUCGUCAGCUUUGGUGGGAUAUGAAACGAUGACAGCCUCGCUCCAGCUGUCGUGCUGCUUUUGCCGCCAAGUUGUUCAAAACUGGAUCAAAUGAAUCGUCCAAAUCUUCCGAGACAAGCAUAACUGUGACAGUCACGCGGGAAUGAAAUUCAUUUUGAUUUCAUGAUGGAAUAUGGGCAUUUCAUUUUUAAAUAGAAAUAUGGAUCUGAACGAUCGCACGUCUCGAGUGAUGAAAGUGGGACAUUUCUUUGUUUUACCCAAUGUCUAUUGGGGUUUUGUAACAGGUGUGAGUCCUAACAAAAGUGGCGAGAACGUACGACAGCCAAAAAACCAGACUUCGCUUAUUUAUAGUACUUGUUGGAGUUCCCUCUGUCUUUGGCCUAUGCAAUUGCAGCGUUUAUUUAUUUACUUUACAUAGGAAAAUCGCCAUGACUAGUUUUUUCUUUAUCACUUCUGUUGUUUGUUUGCUAAACCAGGCUUGACAAAUCGGGAGAGCGGCAAAUACAGACAAACUAUUGCGUACUUUCAGCGUGAGGAAUCUUUUCAUCAGCACACGGUGAACAAUCUUCAACAUCGACUUGACCUUAAUGAGGUGGAAAUCAGUCAACUAAGACAGGCGUUCCAAGCCUUCCAGGCUGGUGACAGCUUCUCGGUAGACGAAAGUACCUAUGGUGGAAGACAUAGCUCGAGUCUACCAGUUCUUGGGUUGGAUCUAUCGUUUGCAGAUGCUUCCCAUCGACGACUACCCCCAUUAAACGAAACUUUCAAUCUCUCAGAGUCCCAUUUUCCGUUAUCCGCUUUAAAACAGACGCAUUCAAUUCCUUGGCGAAAUGAUACCUCCCAGAUUCGCCGAAAUGGAUGCCAAAACGACUUGCGAGGUAAAUCCUACUAGCUUUUGCAAUAACAUUAGUUUCCUAAUAAAUAAAGCAUAGAAUACAUGACAAAUAAGACCAGAAUAACCCCUUUAAAGUUUAUUUCUGUUGUCAGUUGACUGUUUCUCACGCUUACGUGUGGGAAGACUCGAGAUCAUCGAGUUUUACCUGAACUACAGGUCUGUUUUCUGUCGGAUGCAAUCGGCCAAAAACAUAUGUUAGGGAAACUUCAAAAAUCCCACCGUGGGGAGUAACGUACUACCAAGCCAAAGUUCUCGCUUGCAGGCAAAUGUCAAAAAAACAAUCAGUAGCAUGGAAGUAGUGUCGACAUAGCAAGCGGCAUUAGAGUAAUCAUGUCUAACUUAUGUGCUGCUGUUGGCCAACCAUGCCUAAGAGGACACCGACGGCGAACUCAGUGCCAGUCGCCAGUGGGCUAGGAGUUAGCGUCCUGUCGACUGCAAUCGGGGAUACUAAAGAAUACGUGAAAGCAGAAAACAAAAUAGAUUGAUCAUCCUCCUCCCCAUCCUUCGAUCGGUGACACAACACAUAUGUAAACAGGUCAGCUUUUCUUAUUAAACGGAAUGCGCGUCAAAUACAACGAAUACUUUUUACUCAAAAGGAUUGAUUUCCACCACUUUAUGUUUCAACCCCGUAAUUAACGUCACGCGCUCUGUGGGAUUACUGGAAGUAAGUACGUUUAGCAGUUUUAACCAAGAAGUUCCCAAUUUCCUCAUAUAGCUAACGUGGUUUUGUCAAUUACAUUUUAAUAACAUAGUCACGUUAUUGCAUUCCUCAAUUGGCUGAGCAUUUCCAAUCAUACUUCUAAUUAAUUGUGAAGACCCUCACACAAACUCUAAAAUUUCUUCAAUUUGUUUCUCCUGCACUGGACGCUAACUGUACUAAAACUGGUCACUUUUUGUGGGGAGCAGAAUUUCAAGCCUUAGAAUUGAUGGUAUCUUAUACUGUCUUCCAGAACUGAAUGGUGCACAGAACCUGGCUUAUGACGGUGAAUUGGAAGCAGAAGCCGAAGAGCGUGAAAUGCAUCGGCGUUUGGAGCAGUGUGGCAACUGGGUGCAGAAAUGCAGUCCUGAUGAGGUAAUUGCACUUGUUCUGGGAAAUUUCCUAUUUUUUCGGGGCAUGUCCACCAUCGGUAUCCAAAAAGACAAAUGGAUGACCUCAAAUUAUUUUGUUUAUACUGGGAGGUCCUUUCAAAGCUAACUCAUCACUAGUCUCUUCCCCAAGACGUCCAUUUUAUUAUUUAGAAAAGAGAUACAAAAGAAAUGUGCCUCUGGUAGAAUCAUCGACCGUACGCUCUUCAUAUCACGCAUAAUUUAUCGAUAAUUUAACCGUCAGACGCUCACUGUCGAAACCUUUUCAAAUCCCAGAUCCCUUCGCCUUUUCCCGAAAAUCGUGAGCUUGACAAGGGCGUUAAGGAACUUUCAAUACUUUCCCACUGGUCAGUUAAGAGGAGGAUUUCAGAAUCGAGUGUAGUGCCUGAAGUAAAGAAAUAAACUGGGUAGUCUUCACUAAAACCGGGUACAGUAUGCAGCGUUUAGGGGAUGUGCUCCGAAACUGAUCUUCACCAGUGAUCGCUGAUUCCUGGACUAAAGACAACAAACAACAAAGCUAGUCACCCAAAGAGACACUUACUUGUCUCUAUGAGUUUACGCGUUGCCAGGAACAAUCUCCUAGCCUAUUGAAAAGCCUUGAGCAUCGUAAUGAGGAGUUUUGACUUUUUCUCUCAUAGUGUCCUUCAUCGUCGGGCAGUUUCCAUAGCAACAUGCAGAGUUUAUGCAUUGUCUACCUUUUCCCCUGCAUCCUGGGGUGAACGGGCGUCAGUUAUUCCAGACAAUUCAAAAAUAAGCCCGGCCAGUUUUGAAGGAAACGUACACGAAUAGCGUAAAAUGUGCUUCUGUCCUUUGGUUCCAUUUAAGGGCCUUUGGAACAGGCUCAUCUUCCCUAACCGUAAUCAGUAGUUAGUGAGUACUUUUGCCAGAAUGUCUUUUUGUGGAGAAAUUAUUGGAAUUUAAAUCUGAGCUGAUUUUUUAUCGGAUGAAGCCAACAUUUUCUUCUAGUAGUUGUUAUUUCCUCGUACGUAAGCAAUUAUGUUAUAUUUCGCAAUAAUAGUCAUCAACCUAAGGCGGCGUUAGAAAUUUAGUUCUAAAACACUGUAUAAACUAUUACGGGCACAAUGAGGAGUACACUCCAAACGCAUCAUUCCACGGCAGAUUAUUUUUACCAAACUUCCAAAGGUUACAAAUGAACUUCUCUAUCCAAGGAAUUUUCCUUGACUGUCUCUAGUGAUCAGACUGGGAACCUGGGUAACAAUCAAAUCUUUCAAGAGAUUAUACUGGUGGAUAUUGAAAAAUAAUUUAUCUGUCCUGAGUGUGAAUUGAAUUCUCCAUCAACACCUUUUAUUUCGAGUUCCACCCGCCUUUUUUCCUCAGUAGUCAACCUGCGCACAUAAAUUUAGCCUUUUCCUGACAUGAGAUGCAAUUUCACUCCGCUUUCUCAUUUAUUUGAAGACCUGCUACUAGCAUUCACAUUUCAGUAGCCCUAUUUAUUUGAUUCUUCAGCAAGAGUCCGCCUUCUGA